UUGCAGUUUUCCAGAGCUCACAUUCGAACUCCUUUCCGGAAAACGAAUCAUUGUGUCAUAAGGUUAUUUCCUUUUUCAGAAAUGUUGGGAAACCCAAAUGAAAUGAAGAGAGAGAACGGAGGAAGAACUCGCUAUCGCCACUAGAAACUCGAGAGAGAGAGAGAGAGAGGACGAUAGCGGUUUAUUUGUUAACAUUGCGUUAUUGAAACUUUGCCGAAACGCUGUAUGGACUGGUGAUCAAACACGUUCUCUCAGAAUGGGAUAUAUAUUUAUACUGAUCCUUUUUGGAUUGUGCAUCUACACAGAAGUAGUGAAAUGCACCUCAGUGUGUUCAGUUUAUGGCUAUGCCGCAUAUUGCAUAGAUAGAGGUCUACAUCAUGUCCCAGAGGUGCCCACACAUGUAAAUCUAAUGGAUCUGAGUUUAAACAGCAUUGCUGAACUCAACGAAACUUCAUUUUCUCGUCUUGAAGCUCUACAAGUCCUGAAAGUGGAGCAACAAACACCAGGACUUGUGAUCAGAAACAACACAUUUAGAAGACUCUCCAAUCUAAUAUUACUUAAACUUGACUACAACCUCUUUCUGCAAAUAGAAACGGGGGCUUUUAAUGGAUUAUCCAACCUUGAAAUUCUCACUCUCACUCAGUGCAGUUUAGAUGCUUCUGUUUUGUCCGGUGACGUCCUCAAACCUCUGGUGUCUCUUGAGAUGCUUGUCUUGCGUGAUAACAACAUCCACAGAAUCCAGCCGGCAUCGUUCUUUUUGAAUAUGAGGAGUUUCCACGUGCUGGAUCUCUCUCACAACAAAGUGAAGAGCAUCUGUGAAGAAGACCUCGUCAGCUUUCAGGGUAAACAUUUCACGCUUCUGCAACUGGCCUCCGUGACACUGCGAGACAUGAAAGAGUACUGGUUAGGAUGGGACAAGUGUGGAAACCCGUUUAAGAACAUGUACAUAAAUGUAUUAGACCUAUCUGGCAAUGGCUUUAAAGUUCCCAUGGCAAAGCGUUUUUUUGAUGCAUUCACCAGUACUAAAAUCCUUGGUCUCAUUCUCAGUAACAGUUACAACAUGGGCAGUUCUUUUGGUCAUAAUUUCCCAGACCCAGACAAAUUCACAUUCAAGGGUCUUGAGGUUAGUGGUGUUAAGGUUUUCGAUUUAUCCCGAUCAUAUAUUUUUGCUUUGUCAGAUUCCGUAUUUAGUCAUUUUCCAGAUCUAGAGCAAAUUACGUUGGCACAGAAUGAGAUCAACAUCAUUGAAAACAAUGCAUUUUGGGGUUUGAAUAAUCUACAAAAGCUAAACCUGUCCUACAACUUCCUGGGUAGCAUCGAUUCGAAAACAUUUCAUAAUCUAGAGAAACUUGAGCUGCUUGAUUUGUCUUACAACCAUAUAAGGGUGCUUGGAGAUCAAUCGUUUCAGGGACUCCCGAGUUUAAUCAACUUAAAUCUAACAGAAAAUGCUCUGGAGUCAGUUCAUGAAAUUGCAACCCUACCAAACCUGAAGAAACUCUACUUGGGUGAGAACAGAAUAUCAUCUUUGUCUAGUUUACCCAACAUUGCUAAAAAUCUCACGACCCUUGACCUGGAAUUCAACAGAUUAAAAGACCUGUCAGAUUUGUAUACUAUAUUUCGUGAAUUUCCUGAAAUAGAAAAAAUCUUUCUUCGUGGUAACAUGUUUUCGAGUUGUUAUAAUCAGAAUCAAAUAGUGGUUUCAGACAAGCUACAGCUCCUUAAUCUCGAGCUUUCAACAAUGCAAAUGAUCUGGUCAGAAGGAAAAUGUUUUAAUGUGUUUAACGGUCUUCACCAGUUGGAACAGCUUUCUCUCGCUUCCAACGGACUCCAGUCGCUUCCCAAAGACAUUUUCAAAGACCUCACUUCUUUGUUCUUUUUGGAUUUGUCCUUCAACUCUUUGAAGUACCUCCCUAAUGGUGUAUUCCCUAAAAGUCUUCAGAUACUUAAUCUUGAAUACAACUCUAUUUAUUCAGUGGAUCCAAACCUCUUCAGCACCCUCAGCUACCUCAGCCUGCUGAAAAACCAGUUUCGUUGUGACUGCAACCUAAGAGAUUUCCAAACAUGGCUAAAUCAAACCAACGUAACUUUUUUUCACCCCAUUGAGGAUGUGACGUGUGCCAGUCCUGAGGAUCAGUACAUGGUUUCGGUUGUGAGAUCCAGCAUACAAUGUGAGGAUGAAGAGGAUGAGAGGAGCGUUGAAAACCUGAGACUUGUACUUUUCAUUUUCUGUUCCACACUGAUCAUAUUAUUCACUGCCAGCGCCAUCAUUUAUGUCCGUCGACGUGGCUACAUCUUCAAGCUUUACAAGAAACUUUUUGCUAAACUUGUGGAUCAAAAGCAACAGAAGCUCGAUCCUGAUCGAUUCUUGUACGACGUGUAUCUUUGUUUCAGUUCCAGUGAUAUUAAGUGGGUAGAAAGAGCGCUGUUGAAAAGGUUCGACUCUCAGUUCUCAGAGCAGAAUACACUCCGCUGCUGCUUUGAGGAGCGAGACUUCAUACCCGGAGAGGAUCAGCUUAACAACAUGCGAAAUGCUAUCCAGAAUAGCCAAAAAACCCUUUGUGUGGUGUCUGAACAUUUCCUGAAGGAUGGCUGGUGCUUGGAAACCUUCAGCUUUGCACAAAAAAAGAUGCAAGUGGAUCUUGAAGACAUUCUGGUGAUGCUGGUUGUAGGGAACAUACCGCAGUACAGGUUACUGAAGUACAAGCAAGUUAGAUCCUACAUUGAGACCAGGAGAUACCUUCAGUGGCCCGACGACAGCCAGGAUUUGGAUUUGUUUUAUGACCAACUUUUGCAUAAAAUUAAAAAAGACACCAAGGUUAAGCAAGCAAUUCAACCAACUGAACAAACAAAGACUGAUGCAACAAAUGUCCAUGCAAACACAGAAGUAUAAUUAUGGUAUAUUUGCUAAUUAUAUUUUACAUUACCAAAUAAUGCAUAAUGGAGAUAUUGAUUACGUAGGUAUGAUUAUCACAUAAUUUAUUUUUUAUAAAUAUAUGAUUUAUAAUUAAAUAAAUAUUGUCUGUUAACAUGCUGCUACUUUCAGUAAAUGCUUAAAAAUGUAAUUGGCAAAUAAAUGUCACAACCUGAAAAUGUUCACUUGGGGGGAAAAAGGGACACUCUUAUACUCAACUUGUUUCCUGAAUACAAGCAAAAGGACAAAAACAAGGAAGCCACUGCAGUGAAAACACAAAUAGAUGACACAAUCUGACCUUAUGCUUUUGGGUAAUAACAAUUUGUACAUUGUUUAUGAAAUGUAUAAAGCAACCUCAGAAUUGACAAAUUGUGUAAAUCAACUGUUGCUCUUUGUACCUUGAACAGUGUGGAAAUUGUAGCAAUCCUGUGUAAUGAAGUAACUAUUAAAUCGAAAUCUUUCCUUG